CAGCUCAAUGUUGGCGGCCAUGGCGGCACUCAACGACGCUUACGAAACUACCAAGUUACUAUGAUUGGUUUCUGCAGUGGAAUUGGAACAGGACUGUUCGUGGGAACUGGUUCAGCCUAUGCUUCUUCUGGUCCCGCUGGUCUGUUACUGGCGUACAUCAUCAUUGGAGCUAUCCUUUGGUGUGUGAUGCAGAGUAUUGCUGAGCUAGCGACCGUCUUUCCUACCGCUGGAUCAUUCCCACAUUGGGCAACUCGCUUUGUAGACCCGGCUGUGGGAUUCAGCUUGGCAAUAUCGUAUGGGUAUUGCUACACCAUCGCCAUUGCAACAGAGGCCUCCGCCUCGGCCAUCAUCGUCAGCUACUGGACCGAUAUCUCGCAAGCUGUGGUCAUCAGUGUCGCUCUGGUCUUGAUACUGGCCAUUAAUCUGAUGAGUGUUCGCUUCUUUGGCGAGACUGAAGUCAUAGCUGGUUCGAUCAAAGUUCUCUGCUUCGUGGGCUUGAUCAUCGUUUCUAUUGUUAUCACAGCCGGUGGAGGCCCUAAUGGCCACUCCAUUGGAUUUCGUUACUGGAACAACCCAGGACCUUGGGUCGACUACAAUGGCAUCACGGGCUCGACUGGCGCGUUCUUAGGUCUGAUGUCCGCCUUCGUGAACGCUUCGUUCUCGUUCAUUGGCAUUGAGACAGUAGUCAUCACUGCUGCGGAGUCGAUCAAUCCUCACUAUGCGAUUCCACGAAGCGCCAACCUGGUCACCUAUCGUAUCGGAUUCUUUUACAUUCUAGGAGCUUUCCUCAUUGGUUUGAUCGUCGACCCAAGAAACGCGGAUCUGGUCUCCGGUUCUGGCAAUGCAGCUUCGUCACCUUGGGUCAUUGCUAUCAGAGAAAGUGGGAUCGUUGCUCUGCCUUCAAUUGUGAACGCCUGUAUACUUGUGUCCGCAUGGUCGGCUGGCAAUUCAUACUGCUGGGUGGGCUCACGCAUGAUUGUGGCCAUGACCACAGAUCGUCAGCUACCUCAAAUCUUCGGCAAAACGAGCAAGAACGGAGUACCGUACUGGGCAGUCCUUGCUGCCUGGCUGUUUGGCCCUCUCGCAUAUCUCAGUCUGGGCUCCGGUGGUGCAUCUCAGGCUUUCGGAUGGUUACAGAGUCUCAGCACAGUGGCUGGCUUGAUCGCAUGGGCAACGCUUUGCUUCUCCUAUCUUCGCUUCUACGCAGCUAUGAAGGCCCAAAACGUCAGCCGCGACAGCUUACCAUGGAAAGGACCACUCCAGCCGUUCACAGCGUGGUUCGGUUUCAUCGGCAGUACGAUAAUCACCCUGAUUUGCGGCUUCCCCGUAUUUUUGAAAGGAAACUGGUCCACGUCAGACUUUGUGGCCAACUACAUUGGCAUACCGAUUUUCAUCGUCCCAAUCAUUGUCUGGAAGAUAGUGCAUAAGACAAAAUUUGCGAAGUCCACCGAGAUUGAUCUGUUCGCGGGACGCUUGAAAGAGCCCGAGCAGGUUCAGUACAUUAAGAAGGCAUCAAGAUGGGCUUGGUCUUAUGGAUGGUUGACUUGAUGCAAUCUGUAGAUUUGA